UCUUAGGCAUGUGUUCACUGUUCACUAAGUAUGCAUCUUUUUUCCUAGGAUUGGUGGUGCACAAUUUCUAGGAGAAAAUCCACCCCAUAUCUCAUCGCAGACCUCCGAUGGCGCUUCCUCGGGUUCUUCGGUUUUCUGAUCAUCUCACCUGCCCUCGCUCUCUCUCUCUGUCUCUUUUUCUCUCAAACAGUAAAGCAGACCUUGCUCAGAUAGACAUGAGAUCUGCAAAUCAAGGGGAAAAUAUCUCAUUGUACCCAUCAGCUAUCAUAAAACGUUGUCGUUUUGAAAGAUUGCCAUGGGCAAGGAGGUAAAACAAAGACGGCUAAGAAACGUGCAGAAGAUUCGUGAAAUCGAUUUUGGAUUUACUGUUCGCAGGCAGCUGCGCUUUAUAUCAUAGAAUACUAAUUCAAUUGCUUUUGUGAAGCGCCAAAGGAAGAAAGAACACACCACAGCUCCCAGGAAACAAGUACAAGUGGAGUGAACCCAUUUUGAAAUCUUAAUUGGAUCGUUAAGAGAUUGUGGAUUUAUAAGGUUGUUUCCGUCUGAAUUUGGAUUGGAAGUCGAUUAUGGGAGUUUAAUUUUCCUACUCAUAUCUCUCUUCAAUUCUUGGACUUGGGAACUUGUUUUUGUGAUGUAAUAAUCGAUUAGGAUCCUCCAACAGCUAUUUCUUCCUUCAUUUUGAACAUUUCUGCUCAAAUUAAACAAAUUUGACACCAUCAACUUCAAAGUAAUCCAGAAAACUUCUAAAGUUUUUAUUUUUUUUUAUUUCAAUUAUUUUCUUCUCUCUUUCUCUCACUUCCCCCUUGCUUAACUACAAUGUCUUUUGGAGAGUGUACCUGCCUGUAUAAAUCUCAAGAUCACCAUAUAUCAGUGUGUAUUUUUCCAUUUUUCUAAUUUUCUUUUUUAAGCUUACAUUGCAGCAUAUAAGCCAGAAUAUGAGCAAGAGGAGGCCACCGCCUGAUCCUGUUGCUGUACUAAGGGGCCAUCGUGCUCCUAUAAUGGAUGUUUGUUUCCAUUCUUCUAAACCUAUUCUAUUCACUGGUUCGACUGAUGGUGAGUUGCGAAUUUGGGAUACACUUCAGCAUCGAACAAUGUCAUCUUCUUGGGUGCAUAGUGCAGCUCAUGGAAUAAUAACUGUUGCCAACAGUCCUGUGAUUGGCAUUGACAAAGUUAUCAGCCAGGGUAGGGAUGGAACUGUUAAGUUGUGGGAUAUCAAAGAAGGAGGUUUGCCUAGGGUACCUGCACUUACAAUCAAGACGAACUCAUACCACUUCUGCAAGCUUUCUUUAGUGAAGAAACCUUAUACUAAUUUGAGGCAAGAUAAAGCACCUUUUCAUGAACAUGAGGAGGAUUUGGAAACUGUUGAUGCAAAUAUUUUGUAUGAUAGAGAAGGAAAUCAUAAAGAAGAUUCAGUAGAGUGCUCUGGCACCUUUGAAGAAGAUAGUAUUGAUGGACCAAAGUUUGUUGCUAUAGCAGGGGAGCAGUCUUCUGAGGUUGAGAUAUGGGAUCUUAACACUGCAGAAAGGAUUUCUCGGUUAUCUCAUAGCUGCUUUGGUGGCUCACCAAGUAUUUCUACCGACAAAAGAGGGAUGUGCAUGGCUGUUCAAGGAUAUCUACCAACAGAAUCACAAGGAUUCGUAUAUGUCUUGGCUGGUUAUGAGGAUGGUUCUAUGCUUUGGUGGGACAUGCGAAACCCAGGUGUUCCUCUAACUUCCGUUAAGUUUCACACAGAGCCAGUUCUUAGCCUAUGCAUUGAUGGGCUGUGUAAGGGCGGUAUCUCUGGGGCAGCUGAUGAUAAAAUUGGUUUAUUUAGUUUGGAUCUUUCUACAGCUUCUUGUGUGAUCAAGAAAGAGAUUAUCUUGGAACGGCCUGGUAUAUCAGGCACAUCAAUCCGAGCAGAUGGCAAAAUUGCUGCAACUGCUGGGUGGGAUCACCGAGUGAGGAUAUAUAAUUAUCGCAAAGGAAAUGCUUUGGCAAUAUUGAAGUAUCACCAUGCCACGUGUAAUGCUGUCUCAUAUUCAUCUGAUUGUAAGCUUAUGGCCUCUGCCUCAGAAGACACUACUGUAGCACUUUGGGAACUGUAUCCUCCUCAAAGUUGAAGUAUUAAAGUAUUCUUUCAUACUGAUCUGCCAAUGGCUAGGUUGUUGCUAGUUUUCUGAGCCCUUGGCAUGACACCUUGUUUUUCUUACUCAGUUUUUGUUAAUGGUAUGGAAAACAGUGAAACAUUUGCUCAUUUUAUUCUUUCUGGUCUUGUCAAGACGUGGGAAAUUUUAUGGGAUUCAUCCCCAUUAUGUAGUUUAAGGUCAAUGGGGCUUCCUAUAUCUAUUUACUUGUGAAAA